GAAAGUGCUUGGAGCGGCAUCGGGGACUCGGCGGUGGCCCUUCGUCGACCCGGCAAAGUAGCGGUGCAGUGGAAGCCCAAGUGCCCUGCCCAUUGGCGGAGGGCGGCGGUCGGCUGGGUGGCCUGCGAGCAGAGUGGCUCGAGGUACACCAUCUGCACGAGCGGUCCUCCUCGGAUAAAAAUUUCAGAAGCAAUGACAGCCUCUUCCACCGUUCUACUUGAACAUUCCAACGAAGAAGCAACUGGCAGCAGCCUCGGAGACGGGGAGGGUGAUGAGGAGCGAGACGGAGGCAGAACCCCAGAACCCCUGCCGCGAGACGGCCGAGUGAAGCUUGAUAGUCCAUCACAUUUACAACUGCAGCAGUCAAUAAAAUAAGCUUUAUGUCUUUAUUAUGCCAUCAAGAGGGCUGGCGGUCUCCUGGCGCGCGCGCCGCCGCCGCCCUCC